UCAGCGAUGAUGCGAACGGAGGCAUUAUGCUCCCAAGGCAACUACUGCAGCGCAUUCGGCCUCCUUCUAUCUCACACAGUAAUAGCUCUUUUGGUAAUCCUAUUAGUCCCAUUGAGAUAUAAAUCAACUAUAGUUUGUUUUAAUCAAGCUAAUCAAAUACUUUUCAAUCGACGCAUUAAACAAAACCUAUCAGUAACUUAUUAUUCAUUGCUACCGUUUACUUUUUCAAUCAUAGUAAAAAUAAUAAUCUCGAAUAUCGGAUUCUAUAUCAAAGAACCCGAGCUGUAUUACCCUUAUAAUUUAGCCUACUUCGGACCAAUAAUUAUCAUAAAUGUGGUUGGCGUUCUUUGCUGUAUUUGCGAACAAGAAUACGACGAGAUAAACCAAGAAAUAAAACAAUUAUGCAGUAAAGACGUUAACAAAAAAUACAAAACCGAAAAGCUCAAGUUACUCAUGGAUGACCAUUGGUUCGCUACAAAUUUCUUGGAUAAUAUUUCGAAAUGUUUUGCUGUCGAUUUGUUUUUAAUUAUGAUCGAUAUUUACGUACAAUUGGUGUUAUUUUUAUACGUCACUUUAUGGAGUAUGUUCGCUCAGAAAGUAUUUUCAGGACAUAUAUGGCCCCACGCAGCUGGAUUAUUGGAAGUUAUGAUUAUACUGGUGAAAUUGGUGUACUUGUGUUAUCGUUGCGACAGAGCGGUUGCUAAAGGUAAUUUCACACUAUUUCAUCUUCGUCAUCUGAGUACAGUCACUACGUACGAUUUCGAUAUACAACCUGUCAUAAAAAUCUUUACGCUGAAAUUGAACAGCAGAGACAUAAUGAUCACAGCUUACGGAUUUUUCACCAUUAAUUUAGCUUUACUGGUCAGGGUACGUUUAUCUGUAUUCACAGGUAAAAAAUAGGCUCGACUGUACCUAAGAUUAAUUUGAUUUUCAGAUAAUUGGCGCCGUUUUAACGUAUUUUUUGGUACUAAUACAAUUCCAAGUAGAUGGCGAAACAUCUAUGGCGACCACAUCACCUCCGACAAAAAACUGCCCUUCGUGGCCAUGCUUAAAACCUUCGAAAUAGGUAUAAGAAUCGAUUACGGAAAUCAUUUUUUAGUAAUACUUUUCAAAACUCCCUGAGAUCAAUGUAAAAACGUUGGUGUAAAAAAUAAAUAAUUUACUCCGUGGACAUGUAAAAAUUAAUACAAAUCUGUAUAAUUAAAUCUUAAUUUACUUAUUAUACAUUUAAUACUUCUUACAUUUUAGAGAAAUACAUCGUUGAAAGAUUUUUUUUUAGUUAUGAUGAUAAGCUUGGCGGUGGUAAAAGUGUCGUGAAUUGUUACGCUCGAUUAGAUAAAAACAGAUUUUAAAAUUUUGAUUUUUUUUCACCUUAAGGAAACACGUUGAUUAUUAAGAAAACAAAUUUUCUAAAGGAAGCAUA